CGUAGGGCAACUGUCAUUAUUGUCAGUGACAGAUGCCACUGCAAGUCGAGCAACCGAAAACGCUAUCCUUAUCAUCUUAUCAAGGACGCUGAAGGAGUAAUGUGCACAGCCACGGCGCCGACCAAAUGAAGGUGAACGCCGCAAAAAGAACCGAGAGAUAAGCGCUUUCGAUCCUCGAGGACAUUUACUCACCAUCUCGGUCGAUAGUUUGAACCCAAGGUCGCUUGGCGGACACCAGAAGAUACGACGAGCUUUUCUAGCGGACGAAAGGUGUUUUUUACACUAUGUCAGACGUGAUUGGACGCGAGCGGUCGCCGGGCGGUGUUCAGUCGAACCCUGUUUUUGUGCCGUCGCUCGUCAGACUGGACUGCGAUUGCUUGGUUCCCGGGACGCUGACGGAGAAAAUCGGUCGAAGCUGAUCUUCAAAUGGCGCAAGGCAGCACAGGUGUCAAAACUGUGGAAGAAACGCGGCUGACAGGGCGUGCUAACAUGCCGCAGAUCUGGAUUAGGCGAGGGAUAGCCCUUAAAACCUAGAGCGGCUGGCCUACCUUCCCUCAAGUUGUCCUCUCCAGUCAGGCUCACUGUAGAGCUCCAACGCUUUCCCUCCUACCGCCAUGACUCUCGCGACGCCCCUUGCUCUUUUCUGUCAGGUUUUCUUGUUUGCAGCUCUUUAUGUCUCUUCUUCCUAUGCACAAGAACAUCUAGUCUUCGCUCACCACGUUGUUGGCUUCACAUUUAACUAUACCGUCGACGAUUGGACAAAUGGUGCGUCUUGCUCCCACGCUCAUCUUACUCUUCAUUCAACUCUCCUCUUCAGAUAUCCAACUCGCUCAGUCGAAAGGUAUCGACGGCUUCGCCCUCAACGCUGGCCAUGAAACCUGGCAACCCGGCCAGAUCUCCAACGCCUAUACCGCAGCACUGAACUUCACCGAUUUCAAGCUGUUCCUGUCCUUCGACAUGUCAUCAUUCCCUUGUCAAAAUGUCAGUGACGGAGACCCGUUGCGACAGAUGAUCAAUGGUUACGCUCAGCAUCCCAAUCAAGUGCAAGUUGACGGCAAGAUGUUGAUUUCCACAUUCGUCGGUGACAACUGCACAUUUGGCGCCCAAUCUGUCGACCAAGGUUGGCUCAACACUGUCAAGAGCAAUGUGUCCGCGACAUACUUCAUUCCCAACUUCAACGCACCGCCGGAAACUAUGGGAACGUUCACCUCGAUAGAUGGUAUCUUCAACUGGAACGCCGCAUGGCCGGAAAGCGCUUCUUCUGCUGCGACCGACGUUACCCUGUUCUCAGCAACCAACACGAACAUUACCUUUGACCCAGAUCAAAGGUACAUCGACCGCCUGGGCGAGCGGCGAUAUAUGGCCGGUGUCUCGCCCUGGUUCUUCACCCACUACGGACCGCCUCUGAACAAAAACUGGAUUUACCGCGCCGAUGAAUGGCUUUUAAUCCAGAGAUGGCAGAUGCUUGUGGAAAACCGAGACAAGAUUGCGUUCGCUCAGAUUAUCUCGUGGAACGACUACUCUGAGUCGCAUUACGUCGGCCCAUAUGAGGGUACGCCGCCCGAUGGUACCAACUGGGUACAAGGCUUUGAUCAUACUCCCUGGCUCGAUCUGAUGCAAUAUUACAUUACCGCGUACAAGACCGGUUCAUACCCGGACGUCACUGAUGACCGUAUCUUCCUCUGGGGUCGUCUGUAUCCUGCCAACAUGACUCUCGACGACCCUAUCGGUAUUCCUGAUAACUGGCAAUGGGCGUCAGACAAGGCGUGGGGUGUUGCAUUGCUCGGGCAACCCGGUACUCUUCAUCUGACGUGCGGCACUGACACGACAUCAAUACCCGUGAAUGAAGGUCAAAAUCUCGUUCAGCUGUCAUUGUCGCAGUCAUGUGGUGUAACGUCUGAACUCACGCGUGGAAAGAAGAACGUCAAGGUGAUGGACUACACACCUCUCGGCUUCAACUUCAGCACAAACCCGCCACCCCAAUAUAACUUCAACGCUUUCGUCGCUGCUUCUCCUGCAGGGGCUGGAGUCACUUCAAGCGCAAUCCUCUCGAGCACAAUAUCCUCAUGGCGGAUGCUUCUCGCAGUUUGUUUUGUGGUCUCUGUUUUCCUUUCAUGAUAGAUUCUCUUUCUCUCUCUUUGUUACUUAUCUCCUAUACCUGACUGGAAAACACCAUGGACUUGAUCCCCUUCGAAAUAGUGUAUCAUUCAUAUAACUGGGAGGCUUGGCGUCGUGCCCUCGUUUUCGCGCAAGGUUCUCUCAUAUCAUUAUUACUAGCCCAUUGAAAUGCAUACUUGUUUUUGUCACCCGUGGAUGAUCAUCCUCAAUCUCCGUA